UUAGAUGUUAGUUAGUGUGUAAGUUUCACUUUAAUAUUAAAGCUCUUUAAUGUAUACAGCGGUGCCAGAUGUGGUACUGUUCAUUAUUUGUUACAAUUACGUGGUGCAUGAUAGGACAGGUUAGUGCAAAAGAUCCGGAUCCACACUUGUGUUCAGUAAUCCAGUAAACCCGCUAUAAUCUGUUCGCAUGGUGAACAAAGUAGCUCUCCACUACCAGGGCAGAAUAACAGAUACAUAUGGGAUUAGAACCCGCUCACAAAUGGAUUACAUCACUGCCCUGAAAGUGCCACAGCGUUAUGCACAGCUUUACAGAAAACAUCUGCUAGAGAAGGGCGCUUUAGACCCGCAGUAUUGUGUACAAAAACACUCGGAUGGAACAGUGACUCUCCCAGUCUUCCCUUCUGCUCUGUCUCACCUGGAUCUUCUCACACUGCACAACUCUGUGGCUCAGGACAGCUCCUGUGAAAUAGUUCAAAUACAGCUGUCGAGGAAAAGCAAAGCGAAGCCUCAUAGAGACAGAAUGAUUGAGGUUGUGCAGGAGCUGGUGGUGACUAAAGGACUGCAGUGGAGUAGAGAUCUUGAAGAUGACCUGCCUAGUGGAUGGCAGCGUCAUGGAGAUCUGCUUUUGUUUGGUGAUGGAUGCUUUUCACAAGCAGUCUGGCAAAAUUUUGGCUCUGAGUUGUGGUUAGCUGUAGCCCAGGCACUGGGAGUGAAGCGCCUAGCGCGAAUAAAACACAUUUCUCAGGAUGGGUGGCGCACUCCAGUGGUAACAAUGCUCUUAGGAGACGACAGCUACGUAACUCAUGUUGAUAAUCACAUCAGGUAUGAAUUUGAUGUCACCAAGUGCAUGUUCUCCUUCGGAAACAUCACAGAGAAACUGCGAAUCUCGUCCUUUGACUGCAGCGGGGAGACAGUGGUUGACCUGUAUGCAGGAAUUGGCUACUUCACCGUGCCAUAUCUGGUACACGCCGGUGCUGCCCAUGUGCACGCAUGCGAAUGGAAUCCACACGCAGUUUCAGCACUGCGAAGAAACCUGCACAUUAAUAAAGUAGCUCACCGCUGCACUGUGCAUCAAGGAGACAACAAACAACUGUCCCUGAGUGACCUAGCCGACCGGGUGAAUCUAGGACUGAUACCAAGCUCUGAAGAGGGCUGGCCGGUGGCAUGCCGCCUCCUGCGGAGGGACACUGGUGGAAUGUUGCACAUCCACAACAAUGUGACCACACCGAUCCAGUAUCAGAAUCUUCAGCCCUCUUCCAAUUCACUGAAUGAGGGAGAAGGAUAUAAAAAUGGAACUCUAAACAUUUCUAGAGACAGAGAAGCCUGGAACAAAUGGGCCAAAAACACUGCGAGCCACAUUACCCAACUUCUGAGAGACAUCACCCAAGCUGAGUGGAGAACCAGCAUUAAGCAUAUAGAGCAUGUGAAAUCUUAUGCACCGCACAUAAAUCACAUAGUAUUGGAUCUGAAGUGUAGACCAGUCAAAUAAAUUGAUUGUCUUCUUUUUGUAUGCAAAACUUUUUGUAAUUUUUUUUUAACAGAAUUUUAAAAAAAUCAGACUUUGCUUGGAGCCAUGUGCAAGCUUGUCACCAGUAACAGUAAACAAAUGAUUACAGUG